UCCCCGACCGCAUCGCACCUCUGUCCCGUCACACUCGGCUACUUUGUCGUCGCUUCUCCCAGAAGAGGAUAAACGGGGGAUUCUCGGUGCAAAACAAUAGGCUGAUUGGGGGAGGUUUUAACUUGGAUGUUUCCUCCAUGUUGGUAUGUCUUAAUAAUUAAGUUUCCUGUCUCACCCCGUUGUGCAAAAGCGGAGGAGAGCAGCGGAACUUUCAGGGGACCUUUUCUUGCACCGGAGUAACCGCUGCUUGUAACCCAGGAGGUCAUAUCUCUCACCGGCUUCGUUGCUCUCUUGCCCGGCUGCGGAGGUGGAGGGUAUGGUAUAACUUUUUCCGCUUCAGUCGAACCUAAGCGGCCGGUGUGAGAGAGAGGAGCCGUUUUAUGGUACCGGAAAGGGGAUGCGAGCCUCUCCUCCGUCUCGGAUAGCGGAGCGGCUAUGAGGAGAGAGGAUCACCUGCUGGGCUAACAGAACAAGACCACACCGCACCAACAGAAUGCGGGAACGGGGUCCUUGCAUUUGCGGAGUAGGUGUGUGGAGCCUACUGCUGUCCCUCUGUCUGGCCUCCCUCACACAGGCACACAGGAGCCACACGGUGCAUGUGAAGGCAGGGACGUGCGAGGUGAUCGCUGCCCAUCGCUGCUGCAACAAGAACAAGAUCGAGGAGAGAUCUCAGACUGUCAAAUGUUCCUGCUUCCCUGGACAGGUCGCUGGCACCACCCGGGCCAUGCCCUCAUGUGUUGAUGCCUCCAUUGUAGCUCAGAAGUGGUGGUGUCAGAUGCAUCCGUGUAUGGAUGGUGAAGAGUGUAAGGUUCUCCCAGACCUCACAGGAUGGAGCUGCAGCACAGGCAACAAAGUCAAGACCACAAAGGUGACCCGAUAGUCCUGCCCGUCUGAAGGAGAGCAGAAGUGGCGUUGGAGUUACUUAAAUAGCACAAUGGACCUAUCAGUGGAGGGGGGACGCACUCAGACUUCUAUGAGGAACCAGUAAUUGUUUCAUUUUUCUGAGGAUGUCCAAGAUGUGGAGGCUGAAGAGACAGGACUCUAACACCGUCUUCUAUCAACUUAAACACAACUGAGUGUCCU